AGCAUAUACUAUAAUUAUUACUAUUAUUAUAGUGUUUCUUCUUCUUUUCUCUCCUCUUUUUCCUAUCCCACUUUAUAACGCUUACCCUUCACUCUACCCCCACCCCACACCCACCUAAAACUUGCCUCCUACACACACAAAAAGUAGUACUUAACAAUGUUGUUCUUGUUUUGAGCUUUUCUUGAUCUCAAAAAGGUGCUGUCUUUUUAUCUGCAUUGUUGCAUUUUGGGUCACCAUGUGAUUUUAUACUAAGUGGGGUUCUCUUGUUUGAUUGAUUUAAAGAAUGAGAAAGCUAUAGAGCACUAAAAUUUCUUGCUAUGGAGUCUGCCUUAUCAGGUUGACUAUGGAGUAUUCAAGUGGUAUGAGGAUAUGGCAGUUCCAUUAUGAUGGAGAAUUGGCAGCAAUUGCAAAUAGAAAGAUGCAAAAUUUUAUGUUAAUAAACCAAUGUUGUUUUAGUUCAACUAGCAGGUUAUAGAAGAAACAAAAUUAGAAUAAAAGAGUGAAUCGAGCAGAAAGUUAACUGAGGUGUUGAUUGACCACAUUAACAACAUUUCAUCCUUGGUCAAAGAAGGGUAUUUGGUUGAGAGCUAAAGAGAACCUAAUUAGCUUGAGGUGCCUUGGUGUAUGUUAGAGGGCUAGAGACAAACUCUAGAGUCUAAAGGGUUCAAGUUGAGUAGGAUCAAGACUGAGUACUUGGAGUGCAAGUUCAGUGACGUACCGCAUGAGGAGGACGUGAAAGUGAGGCUUGGUACCCGGGCCAUCCAAAAGAAAGGGAGCUUCAAGUAUCUUGGGUCUAUUAUACAAGGAAAUGGGGAUAUUGACGAGGAUGUCACACAUCGUAUUGGUGCAGGGUGGAUGAAAUGGAGGCUCGCUUAUGGAGUGCUGUGUGAUAAGAAAGUGCCACCAAAACUUAAAGGCAAGUUCUACAAAGUGGUGGUUAGACCGACUAUGUUGUAUGUGGCGGAGUGUUGGCGAGUCAAGAACUCCCACGUUCAAAAGAUGAAAGUUGCGGAAAUGAGAAUGUUGCGGUGGAUGUGUGGGCACACAGGAGAGGUAGGAUUAAGAAGGAAGAUAUUCGGGAUAAGGUGGGAGUGGCCUUGGUGGAGGACAAGAUGCGGAAGGGGAGGCUGAGAUGGUUUGGGCAUGUGAAGAGCAGAGACACCGAUGCCCCUGUGCGGAGGUGUGAGAGGUUGGUUAUGGACGGUUUCAGGAGAGGUAGAGGUAGGCCGAAGAAGUAUUGGGGAGAGGUUAUUAGACAGGACAUGGCGCAGUUCCAGCUUACCGAGGACAUGACCUUACGUAGGAAGUUAUGAAGGACUCAUAUUAGGGUAGAAGGUUAGUAGGUCUCGUUCUCGAUCCUUGUAAAUUUAGCCAAUUGAGUAUGGAAGAGAAAAGGCAAUUAGUGCAUGAAAUUUCUCAAUGCCCUGAAGAUGCGCCGGAGAUCUUGAGUUCGUUGACCAGAAAAGAGCUUCUAGAGAUUAUAUGUGCUGAGAUGGGAGAAGAGAGAAAAUACUCUGGCUACACAAAAUUCAAAAUGAUAGAUCACCUUCUAAAGCUGGUUUCUUGUAAGUCUAACACAAAUACCGGUUCUGCCUUCAAAAGGCAGCGGAAGGAAGAAUAUCAAUGUCAACCUUCCGUUCAGAACGAUGUAGCUAAUUGGGAGAUGGAAAGCAAAACCCCGGCCCUACUCUGUCAUAAUCUGGCUUGUAAAGCUACUCUUGAAAGAGAUGACGUUUUCUGCAAAAGAUGUUCUUGCUGUGUUUGUCAUCAGUACGAUGAUAAUAAAGACCCUAGCUUGUGGUUAACCUGUGAUUCUGAUUCUCAAGAUGAAACUAAGCCAUGUGGAUUGUCUUGCCAUCUUAAAUGUGCACUCGAGCACGAACAAUCAGGCAUAUUAAAGAAUUGCAUCAAUCCGAAAUUGGAUGGAGAUUUCUAUUGUGUUUCUUGCGGAAAAGUUAAUGGGCUGAUGAGAACCUUGAGAAAACAAUUGAUGACAGCAAAGGAAGCGAGAAGAGUUGAUGUGCUGUGUUUAAGAAUCUCACUUAGCCAUAAAAUCCUGGAGAAAACUGAGAAAUACAAAGCACUGCUGGAAGUUGUUGAAUCGGCUGUUGAGAUGCUGAAUAACGAAGUAGGGCCUCUUGCACUGGCAUCCGAGAAGAUGGAUCGCAGGAUAGUGAACAGACUUUCUUGCGGUACUGCUGUUCAGAAGCUGUGUGGCUCUGCAUUGGAAGCUUUUGAUUCCUUGUUUCCAAACCAAUACUCUAAUCAUAUGAAUAACGAAGAGCCUCCAAUGACUUGCCGGAUACAUUUUAAGGAGCAAUCUCCAUCUAAAGUAACCAUUGUCUUUGAAUAUGAUGAUCGUAUGCUGAAAGAACUUAUGGGCUUCAAAUUGUGGUAUCGAAAGUCCACAGCAAACAAAUAUCCAGAUGAAGCAACUUUUAUUGCACUAAGCCCUGUGAAGAAAUUUAAGCUGGAUGGUCUUGAUCCUUCGACACAAUACUUCUGCAAAGUUUCUUUCUUCAGCAAAGCAGCGACUUUGGGCGUUCAGGAAGUGAAAUGGGUAACACCUGAAGUACAUAGGGAGAAAGAUAAUGUCACUAUAGAUAGUACACUGAUGCAUGCCGAGUCAAUGAGUUCUAAUGACAACAAACUACCGACUUACGAUCCAAUGCUCGUUCCUUUAGCAAGUCCAAUUUCAAGUGCUCCUGCCACGCCUUGCCAAACUGAUGGGUCAAAGGAAGUGCAAUUGAGUGGCAUAGGGAAAGUGAAGGAAAGUGAUUACGAGUACUCUGUAGGGAUCAUCAGAAAGUUGGAGCAUGAAGGGCUCAUAGAAACAGAUUUCAGAAAGAAGUUUUUGACUUGGUUCAGCUUGAAAGCCACAACACAAGAGAGAAAGGUAGUUAGAGUCUUUAUAGACACCUUCGUCGAUGACCAUUCAAGUCUGGCGGGGCAGCUCAUGGAUACGUUCAUGGAUGAGAUAUGCAGAGAGCAGAAAGCUGACCUACAUGCGCUCUGCAGUAGAUUCUGGCAUUAAACAAACAUGUAGUUUCCGAAAUUAGCUAGGGAGUACAAAGCAUGUAGUGUUGGAAAUUUACCCAGUUGAUCCUACUAACCAAUAUUUGACAAUUUAUGCUCUGAAAAUUAUUCUUGCGAAUCGUAUCAGCAGAUGUAAAAAAGAGUUGAAUCUAUUUUGUGCUGAAACUCAAUCUUGAAGUAAAUCUGCAGAGGUUAUUUUUCAGGAAAAA